UUCCGGGCCCGGGCGCCAUUUCCAGCGGUUGCCGGUUCUCGCGGGUUGUAGUCCGCCGGGACAAUGAGCUAUGACUGUCAUCAGAACUGGGGCCGCGAUGGAGGGCCCCGCAGCUCCGGUGGGGGCUACGGAGGAAGCUAUGGAGGGGGCCACGGAGGGGGCCAUGGAGGGAACCGAGGCUCCGGAGGCGGCGGCGGCGGCGGUGGAGGGGGUGGUCGAGGCGGCCGAGGCCGACAUCCCGGGCACCUGAAAGGCCGCGAAAUUGGCUUGUGGUAUGCGAAGAAACAGGGACAGAAGAACAAGGAAGCGGAGAGGCAGGAGAGAGCUGUAGUACACAUGGAUGAACGUCGAGAAGAACAAAUUGUGCAGCUGCUGCAUUCUGUCCAAGCUAAGAAUGAUAAAGAUUUGGAGACACAAAUAUCCUGGUUUGCUCCUGAAGAUCAUGGAUAUGGUACUGAAGCUCCACCUGACAACAAGCCAAACUCAGAGAAGAAACUUGAGGACCAAAAGAAAUUGAUAAAUCAGGAAAAGAAGACAUUUAGAAUCAAGGGCAAAUAUAUUGACCGAGAUUCUGAAUAUCUCUUGCAAGAAAAUGAACCAGAUGUAACCUUAGACCAACAAUUAUUGGAAGAUUUACAAAAGAAAAAAACUGAUCUUCGGUAUAUUGAAAUGCAGCAUUUCAGGGAAAAGCUGCCUUCUUAUGGAAUGCAAAAGGAAUUGGUAAAUAUGAUUGAUAACCAUCAGGUAACCGUAAUAAGUGGUGAAACUGGUUGUGGAAAAACAACUCAAGUUACUCAGUUCAUUUUGGAUAACUAUAUUGAAAGAGGAAAAGGAUCUGCAUGCAGGAUAGUGUGUACACAGCCAAGAAGAAUUAGUGCCAUUUCAGUUGCAGAGAGAGUGGCUGCAGAAAGGGCAGAAUCUUGUGGCAAUGGUAAUAGUACUGGAUACCAAAUCCGCCUCCAGAGCCGAUUACCAAGGAAGCAGGGUUCUAUCUUAUACUGUACGACAGGAAUCAUCCUUCAGUGGCUCCAGUCAGACCCGCAUUUAUCCAGUGUUAGUCAUGUCGUGCUUGAUGAAAUCCAUGAGAGAAAUCUACAGUCAGAUGUUUUAAUGACUGUUAUUAAAGAUCUCCUCAAUUUUCGACGUGACCUGAAAAUAAUAUUAAUGAGUGCAACACUAAAUGCUGAGAAGUUUUCAGAGUAUUUUGGUAACUGUCCAAUGAUACACAUACCUGGUUUUACUUUCCCGGUUGUGGAAUAUCUUUUGGAAGAUAUAAUUGAAAAAAUAAGAUAUGUUCCAGAACAAAAAGAACACAGAUCCCAGUUUAAGAGGGGUUUCAUGCAAGGGCAUGUAAAUAGACAAGAAAAAGAAGAAAAAGAAGUCAUCUAUAAAGAGCGCUGGCCAGAUUAUGUAAGGCAACUUCGAAAAAGGUAUUCUGCAAGUACUAUAGAUGUUAUAGAAAUGAUAGAUGAUGAAAAGGUUGAUCUGAAUUUGAUUGCUGCCCUUAUCCGAUACAUUGUUUUGGAAGAAGAGGAUGGUGCAAUACUGGUUUUUCUACCAGGCUGGGACAAUAUCAGCACUUUACAUGAUCUCUUGAUGUCACAAGUGAUGUUUAAAUCAGAUAAAUUUCUUAUUAUACCUCUACAUUCACUGAUGCCUACAGUUAACCAGACACAGGUAUUUAAAAGAACCCCUCCUGGUGUUCGGAAAAUAGUAAUUGCUACCAACAUUGCAGAGACUAGCAUUACCAUAGAUGAUGUAGUUUAUGUGAUAGACGGAGGAAAAAUAAAAGAAACACACUUUGACACACAGAACAACAUCAGUACAAUGUCUGCUGAGUGGGUUAGUAAAGCUAAUGCCAAACAAAGGAAAGGUCGAGCUGGAAGAGUUCAACCUGGUCAUUGCUAUCAUCUGUAUAAUGGCCUUCGAGCAAGUCUUCUGGAUGAUUAUCAACUGCCAGAAAUUUUGAGAACUCCUUUAGAAGAACUUUGUUUACAAAUAAAGAUUUUAAGGCUAGGUGGAAUUGCUUAUUUUCUAAGUAGGUUAAUGGAUCCACCAUCAAAUGAAGCAGUGGUACUCUCCAUAAGACACCUGAUGGAAUUGAAUGCAUUGGAUAAACAAGAAGAAUUGACACCUCUUGGAGUCCACUUAGCACGAUUACCAGUUGAGCCACACAUUGGAAAAAUGAUUCUUUUUGGAGCUCUGUUCUGUUGCUUAGACCCAGUACUCACCAUUGCUGCUAGUCUCAGCUUCAAAGAUCCCUUUGUUAUUCCAUUGGGAAAAGAAAAGAUCGCAGAUGCAAGAAGAAAGGAAUUGGCAAAAGAUACUAAAAGUGACCAUCUAACAGUUGUGAAUGCAUUUGAGGGCUGGGAAGAAGCUAGGAGACGUGGAUUCAGAUAUGGAAAAGAUUAUUGCUGGGAGUAUUUUCUGUCUUCAAACACAUUGCAGAUGCUGCAUAACAUGAAAGGACAGUUUGCUGAGCAUCUUCUUGGAGCUGGAUUUGUAAGCAGUAGAAAUCCUAAAGACCCAAAAUCUAAUAUAAAUUCAGAUAAUGAGAAGAUAAUUAAAGCUGUCAUCUGUGCUGGUUUAUAUCCCAAAGUUGCUAAAAUUCGACUAAAUUUGGGUAAAAAAAGAAAAAUGGUGAAGGUUUACACAAAAACUGAUGGGCUAGUUGCUAUUCAUCCUAAAUCUGUUAAUGUGGAGCAAACAGAGUUUCACUACAAUUGGCUUAUCUAUCACCUGAAGAUGAGAACAAGUAGUAUAUAUUUGUAUGACUGCACAGAGGUUUCCCCAUACUGUCUGUUGUUCUUUGGAGGUGAUAUUUCCAUCCAGAAGGAUAACGACCAGGAAACUAUUGCUGUAGAUGAAUGGAUUGUCUUUCAGUCUCCAGCAAGAAUUGCCCAUCUUGUUAAGGAAUUAAGAAAGGAACUAGACAUCCUUCUGCAAGAGAAGAUUGAAAGUCCCCAUCCUGUAGACUGGAAAGACACUAAAUCCAGAGACUGUGCGGUACUGUCAGCUAUUAUAGACUUGAUUAAAACACAAGAAAAAGCAACUCCCAGGAGCUUUCCACCACGAUUCCAGGAUGGUUAUUACAGCUGAUCUGUGGUGAUCUGAAAAGGCAAUUUGACAACCAUCUUCAAUCAUAUAUAGUUCAACCUUUGGCCAGAUGCCAUACCCUGGGACAUGGAUAAUUUUCAUGUGUAAGGUAGAAACCUUGAAUAGGUAGUAAAGACUUAAUGUGCAUGAGUAAACAAUGUUAUCUGUAGCUAUUAUAAAUAAAUCAUAAAAAAACAAUAUGUUCUCUGAUAAUACACUCUGUUACCGUCAUGUCUAUACUUGGAGAAUAUUGGUCUUAUAUAUAUAUUGAGUAUUGUACUAUUGAGAAAUUCCUUUGUUCUGUUUUGAAAAAUUAAUCUGUCUGCCCAUAAUGAUUGAGUAUAGAAGUAGUAAAAAUAGAACGGUUUACCAAAAAGCAGUGUCAAGUAGGAAUUUGAACACAGCCACAUUUUUUUUAAGUGAAACUUCUAUCAGAAGUAAAUUAAUUUGUUGUAAUAAAGCCUAAUGUGUAAUAAAAUGUAUAGUGUGUAUAUCUUAGCUAACUUUUUGGCUUUGUUUCUACAUCUCCACCUAUCACUUGAUUUAUUUGUUGUUUUUUUAAUCUUUUUAGAAUAUAUUCAUACCCCUUUUGCCUCACCUGGUGCAGCAUAGUGUAGCGAUUGAGAGCAUGGGUCUGGACCAGACUACCUAAGUUCACAUAUCAGCUCUGUCUCUUACUAGAUGUCUUUGGCAAGUUACUUGGCUUCUGUUUCCUUUUCCUUAUCUAUAAAAUAGAGGUAACAAUUGCAAAAGUUAAAUAUGUUAAUAAAUGUGAAGUGCAUAGAACAAGUACUGUAUGUUUUCAUCCCUGUCAGAUUGUGGCAGAUACUGUUUCUUACUAUCCAGCAGCCAUGUGUACCCUCCCUUCCUCCUUGUUCAGGUGUUCUUCCUCCUCUGUGCAACCUUAUACCCGGGAUGUUGAGCCAUCUUCCCCAAAGGGAAGCUAGAAUGUUCUAAGCCAAUCAUACAUAGUCUUACUCCUUUUGUAAGUAACUGAUGAGGCGUGAGUAUGUAAACCUGUCUUGACCGAUGGCAACUAAAGAGAUCUACAAGGGGGCAUCUGAGAAAGAUUUUCCUCACUAGUAGACUUGAAGGAGGAAAUUAUGCUCUUCUUUUGUAGUCUGAAUCUGAAUCUGGCACACAGAACUGCUGCAAUAUCUUAUGAUCACAAGGAAUCCUGAGGUUGGCUCAGUGGAAAGAUGAAAAUCACCAGAGUCCUUGAUAUGUAGUUGAGCUGCUAGGUGUGCUCUAGAACUCUAGAACUCUAGAACUGUGCUACAUGUGGACGUAUUUUAGUAUUUAAAACCCUUCAUGGUUUUAGCCACUUUUUGUGGAGUGUGUUAAUACCUUGGCAGAAAGCAUAUUCACUAAAAUAUGCUAUUUAUCAUUGAAUGUUCUUUGCUGAGGCCUCUAUUUCUACCAUUUGUUUUGUGAUCUAACAGUAUGACCCAUUUAUCUGACAAAAGGUGUAAAACUGUGGUACUGGACAUACAAAAAGAACAUCCUGCUGCGCCCUAAUGUGCCUUCCAAUAAAGCAAAGCAACCAAAGGGAAUUUGUAUAUCGUACAGUGACCAGGAUGUAUUGAUAAUGCUUUGGUGAUCUGUUAACAGCAGUGAUAUCAGGUACUGCUCCCAUUUCUGGGAAUGUAUGUCAGCCUAUCAUUGCCUUCCAAAGGUUUUGAAUGUACUGUAUGUCCUAAGUCCAUUCUCUCAUCUCCUCUCUCCAAAAUGAUCUCUCUCUUACUAAAUUCUUGCAUUGAGUCAUGUUACAGUGUUGUAGCAUAUUAGUUUUGUCCCUAAACUCUAGGUGACCAUUAGGUCAUAUUUGCUCUGUAAGAAUGUUUGUGUGUGCUUCUUGCUUUUACUUUCCAGUUUAAAUUCAUAGUUGGCCAAAAUGGUUCUUGCAAGAGAAUCUUUAAAAAAAAAAGAGAUUAGUAGUUAAUUGGUUUCCAUGUUCACAAACCAAUAUUCAAUCUCCUUGUGAAUGGGGAAAAUGUUUCUAAAAUUUGCUUAAUAUAUGAGCCAUUCAGAGAUUAAGCUACAAUUAUUGCCCCCAAUUUAUGUCUUCUCUGUGGCUGAUCAAAUAACUUUUAAUGAAGGUGCUUUUUGUGUUCUGUUUCUUUUGUUUACAAAUGGGUAUCACUGAGUGGAAAAUGUAUUCUGAUCUAACAACUAUUUGUUGCUUAGCAAUUUUAAAGAAUAAAACAUUAAGAUGAAAAAGUCUAUUUAUCUCACCAUUCUGAGUGAUACCCAGAAAAACUCUUGAAAAAAUAACCCUGCAACAGAAAUUAUAGGAAAAAAAAAGAAACUGUUGAAUAGUCUUUAAAAACAAGUCUUUGAAAAGUGAGUCCAUAUGAUGCUUCCUAAUUCAUUAACUUGGGCAAAAACUGUACAUAUAGAUACAUUUAUAUCAAUUAUAACAAGUGAUUUUCUAGUCUUACGUAUUUUUAAAACAGUCUACCCUAAAAGAUAGAAAUUACGGGAAAGCUUUAGAAGAAAUUUAGUGCCCCAUUACCCUAAAUAAGUGGUAAAUUUCUUUCCACGCUUUUAGCUUUUAGCUAGUGUAUAUUUAUUAAGUAAGUGUGAUCAUGUGGUAUUAUACAUUUAUAAUCUACUAAUUGUUUUUAAAUGGCAUUUUUAUUCUGACUUCAAAAUAAUACAUCCUCAUUGUAGAAUAUUUAGAAAUUCAGCAUCUGAAGAAAAGCAUGUCACCAACUAUUACAUUUUGAUAUAUUUCCAUACAUUUUUUUAAGCUUUAAGGUAUUAUUUUAUAUAUAAUAAAGUUAGCCAAGUUAAGCACUUAAUGCAUUGAAUUUUGUCAAAUGUAUAAAGUCAUAUAAUUGCUACCACUACAAUCUUGAUGAUAAAACAUUACUGUCACCUAAAAUUUUCCUUUGUUCCCCUUUGCAGUCUCCCUAACUCCCCGCUUCUACCCAUGGGUAUACAUUGAUCUGCUUUUUGUCACUAGUUUUGCCUUUUCUAGAAUUUCAAAUAAAUGGAAUCAUGUUGUUUUUUGUGUCCAGCUUCUUUCAGUUAACAUAAUGCUUUUGAGAUAUUUAUGUUGUUAAAGGUAUCAGUAUCAAUAGUUCCUUUUCUGUUGUUUAGUUGUAUUACAUUGUAUGGUUAUACCAGUAUGUUUAUUCAUUCACCACUUGAUGGACCUUUGAAUUAUUUUCAGGUUUUUGGUAUUAUAAAUAAAGCCACUAUGAAUAUGUAAA